AUGGCGGAUAAAAACGUCGAAUCGGGUGGAACUUCAAGUAAAACCGAAAAAACUGAUAAAACAGAUAAAACGAACGCGGAAACUUUACGCUACGACGAAUUAGAAACGAGUUUGAUCCACAUUUCGAAGAAAAGAUCAGAAGAUAUCUUUCACAAUACAACUAAAGCGUGGAGAAAGCAAAUCAACCACGUUCAAGGAAAAUUAGUAAAUUGUACUGAAAUUGCAUCGUUACAAAACGACUGUUGCAUUUUGGAACAAUGCAUGAAGGAUUUAACGAAAGCUCACAAGGAAUUGGAAAGUGUCAUUGAGUCUCCGGUUGAGAAAAUUGCUCUUUUCGGAAAAUUUGAGGACAUGAGCAAGGAAAACAACAAGGUUGUACAGCAAGUGUGUCAGACAAUAAGGGACAUGAAAUUUGACGCUGAGGACAAUUAUUCCGUGACAUCUCGAAGAUCUGGUAGAAGCCACAUUUCUCGUAGGUCACACCGAAGUAAUCUGUCUCGAUGUUCAAGGGUCAGCACUACGUCAUCAAACAGACAGAGGAGGCAAGAACUGGAAGAGAAUGCAGCCGUGCUCAAGGCCAAAAUGCGUAUUGCUCGUGAGAAGGAGAAAUUCGAUCAGGCAAAUCGAUUGGCCUUACAAGAAAUUGAAGGCAAACUACAAGAGAUUCAAAACGAAGAGCGGAAGGUUAAAGAGCAAAUUACUCUUACUGAUGAAAGAUUCAAGAUUAGAGAGGAACUCGCCGAAGCGGAAGCUCGAAUUGACGUCUGCACACGGUUUGAGGGUGAAGAAGAAUCAUUCAGAACCAUUGAAGAGAUCCCUUGUGGUGAUAAUGCACACGAUCGCGUUGAGCGCUUCCUCCAGUCUCAGUCGGCACCAGACGCAUCACCCUUAACAGAAUUGGAGCAUCCUGGAAACUUCACCUCCAACCAAGAGGCAAGUCCUACAACACCUGUAGAGAAUCAAGCUGUCAGUACGUUGAAUCCUGACGCUCGUUACUAUACGCCACCUACAGCGAAUGAUUCCUCACAGUACGAACAAGGACAACCGAAUGUGAGAAGUACGAACGAAGAUCAUUCCACUUCAGACAUAGAGAACCCGAACAUCUUACAAACCCACCUCACUGCUCUAAACAAGUUAGUAGAAAGUCAUGCCCAAAGUCGUCUCCCCCUUCCAAAACCAGAAGUCUUUAAUGGUGACCCACUAAAGUUUCCAAUUUGGCUUAAAGCCUUUGAAACAUUAAUCGAAACGCGUGCGACUAAUUCCACUGAACGACUACAUUUCCUCGGAAGGUACGUUGGUGGCGAAGCUAAAGAUGUCAUAGAUGGAUAUAUGCUGAUGGACGGAGAAGACGCCUAUCUGUAA